GUGUGACUACAGAGUUGCGUAAAUCAAGGCCCCGUUUUCACAGCCAUGACCUUUGAGGUGCGCCUGAAGUGCCGCGAAAUGCUGACAUCCGCACUGCGGAUGGGCGACCUGCCGGAGGGGAGCGGCGAUCCGGAGGACAAGGCCGUCCAGCUGGAGGAGGCCAUCUACGAGGAGCUGAGCAACUCGGACGUGAAGUACAAGAACCGCAUCCGGUCGCGCCUCUCCAACCUGCGGGAUCCCAAGAAUCCCGGCCUGCGCGACCGCUUCCUGCGUGGCCUCCUCUCCGCGGAGAAGCUGGCCAGGAUGUCGCCGGAGGAGAUGGCCAGCGAUGACCUGCGGCGGAUGCGCGAGAAGUUCGUCCAGGAGGCGAUCAACCAGGCCCAGAUGGCCGAGAUGCCCCAGGGCACCAAGACGGACCUGUUCAAGUGUCCGCGCUGCAAGAAGCGCAACUGCAUCCAGGUGCACACCCAGGAUGGCGGCGAGCCCAUGGUCACCUUCGUCAUGUGCGACGAGUGCGGCAACCGAUGGAAGACCUAGGCAUCGAGAUGGACCCAGAUUGCAAGGACGCUUGGAGGAAGGCGAUUGCCACCUCGACCUUGAUAUCCACCUUACAAAAGUACACACUCGCAGCGGAAACCCACUGGA